AAGAUCGCAAAGCACCCGUCUGCGAGACGCGUGUCAUUUGACACACUUGCUAAUGAAUAUGGCACCCCGUACUUUCAAGCCGCGCUUGCACGUUUCAUUGCCGAAGUUAAUCAACCAGCGUUGACUGUCAGGCAGCUAGAAGAUGCUGCAUGUGGGAUGAUCAUUCCCUUCCGUGCAGUAGCCGUGUUCCACAAGGUUCGCUACAACACUGUACAUGACGACGGUAUCCCGAACACAGUCACGGUAGAUUCGAUUCACGUGCGGCCUCAAAGACGUGACCACCACAAACGCCAGGUUCCUGCCAGAUUUGACACAGCCCUAGUGAACAUGGGGCAUGGUGGAAGACUAGGUGUUGAAGGCUACCGUGUUGCGCAAAUUCGGGUCAUUUUCUCACUAUCGGCGAAGGCGAAGCAGGCAGUCUUUCGUAACGCAGGUUUACCCGAUCAUUUUGCGUAUGUGGAGUGGUUCACUCCCUUCUCCAACACUCCCGAAGCCAAUCAUGGCAUGUACAAGGUUUUGCGGGCAUUCUGCGAUGGUGAGAAACAGGCUAGCAUUAUACCAGUCCGCAAUAUACGAUGCUCGGUACAUUUGAUUCCGCAGUUCGGACCUGUUGCUCCUCGUGAAUGGACAUCAAGCAAUGUGCUAGAUCAGUGUAGGACAUUUUUCGUUAAUGAGUUUACAGAUAGAGAUGCCUAUGUAACAUUAUUCUAA